GUAGCACAGUGGAGUCCUGUUUUCACUGAUACAAGCAGCCAAAACAAUGGCAGCAUGUGGAGUUAGACCAGAGAGAAAAUGAAGAACUAAGGUAAAAAUGUGCUGUAUCUAAAUCAGUUGUUGUUUUAGCAAACGUGUUAACAAACAGUUGUUUAUUACAGAUUCAACAGACAAACAUUCAUUAGGACUAGAGCCUGACCAAUACUGGGUUUUUGGACCUGAAGUUGAUACCGAUAUUGCCCAGCACCAGGCAGCCUGCCAGCUCACAGGCAUCAACUUGAUAAUCAUGCCUGGCACCACAGCAGGCAAGAAGCUGGAUCUCUCCAAGCUGACAGAUGAGGAGGCCAAGCAUGUUUGGGAAGUCGUCCAGCGAGACUUCGACCUGAGGAAGAAGGAGGAGGACAGACUUGGGGAGCUAAAGACCAAGAUUGAAAAAGAAGACACCAAGAGAGAGUUACUGGGCAACCAGACUAGCCUGACCGAGUCGUACUGCAUUCGAUGUCUGCAGCCCUUCAAGUUUCUGAUCAACAGCAAGCGCCAGUGUCUGGACUGCCAGCUCUACAUCUGCAAGUCCUGCAGUCUCUACAACAAGAAGGAGCAUGGCUGGGUGUGCAAUCCCUGUCGCAUGGCCAGGAUCCUCAAGAUUGGUACUUUGGAGUGGUACCACGAAAAUGUUCGUGCCCGCUUUAAGCGGUUCGGCAGUGCCAAGGUGAUGCGAUCCCUUUUCAAGAGGUUGGGCGGAGAACCCAGUGACUCUCAGAAUGACCUUGAAGAGCCUCAUGAAUAUGAUACACAGAGCAUACCAGAGGUCCACACAGAUGGAUAUGCAGAGAACAGUGUGGACGCAACAGAUUCACAACACUACAAGGGGAGGAAAAAGGCCAAAAGGCGGCUAACUGUCGAUCCCUUUGAUUUCGAACUGGGCUGUGACCAUUUCAUCGAAUCAGGACGACGGCCAAAUCAGGCCCCAGUCCCCCACAACAUCAUGGACAUGGACGUAGGUAUGAGGGAGUCGAUGCUUGCUGAGGCUGAUAUGGCCUCUGUUUUCCACCAGAUUUUGGAGGAGCAACGCAAAGGACAGCAGGAUGACCUUGCAUACCCAGACAGCCAGCCUAUUCCAUCUCGCUCCGUCUCCCAGCUCAGUUACUCCUCAUGUGGCAGUAGUAGUGCUUGUGGCCCCCGGGGCAGCAGCAGCUACCUACCGGGUCCUGAUGACUUAGAUGAGGAUGACCACUGCCAGCUUUACCCGUUCUACCAGUCUCAUCUGGACCCCUGCAGCCACGCCUCCCAGGAGAGCCUGAACUCAACCAACCCUCCAUCACAGAUCACUGACCUGAACAGACGCAUGUCAGCAAUUGAGACCCUCUUGAACCAUCUAGAGCAGAAGGUCACCUCAACAUACGAUGAGACCAGCGAGGCUCCAACUCCCAGCAGCACCUCUCCUCCUCCUCAGUGGGAGGAGGUGGACUUAGAGGAGCAGCAACUGAGACAAAAGCUGCAAGAGAUGACAGACAACAUCAGCGACCAUGGCCUGACCUCCGAUGAGGAGGAGCCCAGCAGGCCACACUCCUCGCAGGAGAUCCCAGCAUGGAGGAGCCAACAGGGAGAAGCAAAGCCCACCAGGAUACCAACCAGACCCACAUCCAGAUCAAGCAUCGUUCUGUGCAGACUGGAGGAGGAGCAGCCUCAGCUGACUGACUCUCAGAAGACAAACCUCUCAACAGAGAGCCUAGAGAGGAAGUGGCAUCACCAAGAGGAGGGAUCACAGGCCAGUUUUAAAGGCUCAACUGCCUUACUAGUGGAGCUGGAGGACAAGGUAGCUCAGGCAGCUGCAAAUGUCCAGAAUGCCCAGAGUGAGGUCUCCUACAUAGAGAACAGGAUUGCUGCCCUGAACGCUGCCGGCAUGCCAGUAGAUAAAAGACGAAGGUCUGCGAUCCCGAUCCAAGCCAGAAGACUUUCCCAAAACUUUCCCACAAGCCAGGUGGACAGGUUUGUGAGGAACUCCCUCUACAGGGGCUCCCUGACUCAGAGGAACCCAGUGGCCAAGCCCAAGACCAGGGCUACCUGUGCGAAACCGGUAAUGACGCAGGGCUCAUGAGGAGGAGGAGACUGAGCCUCAUGUGACUGAGGAGGUUUAUCUCGUGACGACAUUUUUUACGGUUUGCCAUUAACUGAAAUUUAGCUGGAGUGAAAAAGACUCAGACUCAGGUAGGACAGAAGUGCUUACAUAUACAUCCCGAAUUCCAAAAAUAGUUGGAACACUGUCAAAUGUAAAUAAAAAUAGAAUACAAUGGUUUGCAAAUCCUUUUUGACCUA